GGAUUUGCAUCGCGCAAAGAAGAUGGUCGGGCGGACGAUGGCCGCGGCGCUCGUCGGUGUGGUCGCGAUGGUAUCUGCCGAGGACACGCACGAGUACGAGAUGAAGGACGAAGUGUUUGUGAUUGCUAACACGAUUCGCCCGUCGGCCAACCCGACCGAGACGUAUCAUUAUUACACGCUUCCGUUCUGCAAACCCAAGGAGCGCCAGUGGGACGACCACGACUUGGGGGAGCUCCUUACGGGCAGUCGGAAGAUUGUGACGGACUACCAAGUAUACUUUGGGAUUGACGUGCCGUACGGGAAGCUGUGCAAGGUGCCGAUGACCCCGGACACGAUCAAGUCGUUUGCGGACGCGAUUGAGGAAGACUACAUCUUUGAAAUGUACGUGGACAACAUUCGUCUGUCGGCGAUGGUGGGCCAGGCCGUGCAGAAGGACGCGACGGGCAAGAACAUGCUCCAACAGCACCUCAACAAGCUUGCGUCGUCGUACGAGUAUUACCUGAACACGCACGUGCAUUUUGAUAUUGCAUACAACGACGCGGAGACCGCCCUCGGGUACAUCGACGACACGGAAGUCAAGUCCCCUGUGCCCAAAUACUUGAUCGUCGGCGUCAACAUGUCCCUUGGAAGCGACAACAAACACAGCGGCGCUGCCAACUCGGAGUACCAGUACCACCUCACCGAGCAAAACACCAAGGACGCCAUCUUCACGUACUCUGUCAAGUGGCGCAAAGAGCCGACUUGGACGUGGGAAGAUCGCACGGUGAAGGACCCACUCCUGCCCGAAGUGCUUGAAAUCCACUGGCUCUCCAUUAUCAACUCGUUUGUGCUCGUGAUGCUGCUCGUUGCGUUUUUGUCGAUAAUCAUGUUUCGCAUCCUCAAGCAGGACGUGUCGCGGUACUUGGAUCCGGAGGACGGGCUCGACAUCAAUGAAGAGACCGGGUGGAAGCUCGUCCAUGCCGACGUGUUUCGGAACCCGCCAUACCUUGUCGUCUUUUGCGCAUUUGUCGGCGCCGGCGCCCAGUUGUUUGCCAUGUUGUUUGGUGUGUUGGGCCUCUCGCUGUUGGAUGUCUUUCACCCGACCAAGCGCGGCGGGAUCAUGGCGGCGCUCGCGGUCGCGUACCCCCUGACGGCGAGCAUCGGAGGGUACCGCUCGGCCAGUUUGUACAAACGAUUGGGCGGGUACGUCGUCCGACGAGAUUGUUGGGUUGCUCCAACUGGCAGUAGGCAAAAUUGGGUUUGGAACAUUGUCGUGUGUGGGCUAGUCAUCCCAGGGCCUCUCCUCGGCGUGUUUGCCGUGCUCAACACGGUCGCGAUCUGGAACGAAUCGUCUGCAGCGCUUCCGUUUGGCACGAUCAUGAUUUUGAUUUGUUUGUUUUUGCUCGUGAAUGUGCCGUUGACGGUCAUCGGAGGCAUUGCCGGCCGCAACACGACCAGUGUGUCCCAGCCGCCGUGCCGCACCAACAAGAUUCCUCGCGAGAUUCCGCAGCCCCCAUGGUACAAGGCGCCGUGGGUGCUCGUGCUCGCGUCGGGAUGUCUGCCGUACUCGGCCGUGUACAUUGAGCUGCAUCACAUUUUUGCCGCGAUUUGGGGACGCCAGAUCUACACGCUGUUUGGGAUUCUGUUUCUGGCGUUCCUGAUGCUCGUGGCCGUCACCUCGUUCAUGACGAUCGCGAUGACGUACUUCCAACUGGUCGCCGAGGACCAUCGAUGGUGGUGGCGCAGUUUCUGGAGUGGCGGCAUCACGGGGGUGUUUGUAUUUGCGUACAGCAUCUGGUACUUUUGCACGAGCACCGACAUGGACGGGUUCUUCCAGACUGUGUUUUACUUUGGGUACUCGGCCAUGAUGAGCUACUGCUUUUUCAUCAUGCUCGGGUUCAUUGGUUUCCAGUCCGCGUCAGGCUUUGUCACGACCAUCUACCGGUCGAUCAAGGUCGAGUAGGCGCCCAGCACGCCGUCGACGGCUCGCCGACGUGUGCCAUGAGGAUGGAAUGCAUCAUCGAUGUGCUACCGUAAGCCUUAGAAUACACUUCCCAUUGCGACAGUCCA